UAAAAGUGUUCACAUGUAAAAAGUAUUUUUCUUUUUGUCCCGCCGAUGUGGUCAAGUUCCCGGCGUGCCAUGAGGAGCAAUAAUCACUGGAGCAACUCACCAGAUAAAGAAACUAGUACUAUUGACAUUGCGAAAGCUCAAAAUAUGAUUGCUACAUCACGCUGCGUGGAUUUCUGCAAAGUCUUUUCGACUUCAAGCUAAGGAGAGAAUCAACUUUAGACUUUCCUAAAGUCUAACGAUUGUUUUGAGGUGUUUUUUCAUCUUAGCGAGAGACCAAAAUGUUGCUAGGACAAGGUGUGAGGAAGCUCGGUGAAGCUUGCUGGACUCACGCUCAGUGCUUCAGAUCUCAGCCGCAUGCGCACUGCAAAGGACUCGUUUGCACCUGUGAUAGUGGGUUUCACGAUACCGAUGGAAAGUGUACGAAACACAUGUGGGAAGAUUUGGGUUUGGUCCCUUGGGAAAUCAUCGUCUUCAGCCUAGUGUUUACAAUCUCCGCGUUCGCAAUCUUCGUCGGGUGCGUUUACUUCGUCAUCUCCAAAGUCGUCAGGUUUGCCAGAACGCGUCCAGCAGAGACCUUGAUUCCCAACAAAAGCUUCAAAGGAGAUCCAAGAGAGUUGAAGAAACAGAACUCGGUGGUGGAGGGCAGGAUGGCCAUCAGAGUCCCCAAAAUUUGCGAGACAAAACUGACGGAGGACAGCACAGUUGAAAGCCAGUUGGUCGACGAGACAGCCGUCAGAUUCUGACGACUUCUCGGAUCUCG